CCACACUUCCUGCUUCCUGCACGAUCGCAACCUCAACGAUAAUCUCGCAAGGAGACAACGGGAUGCCAAAAGCUUAUGCAUUGAUUCGCAUCAAACCACUCAACGCUGCAGUUCAUACAUUCCUCGCGCCAAGAAAACCUUACUAGAGCAUACAUGUUCGAAGCCAGAUGGAUUCAUGUGCCUGGCACCCCAAAAUACCUCAAGGUUGGACCAGGGAGGUUCGACAGCGACGAUCAGGCAAGACAGCGGGAAAACUGGACGUGUACAUCACUAGUCCCUACGGGCAGAGGUUUCGAUCAAGAGCUUCUCUGCGAGCGUUCCUCGUAAAAAACGCUCAAGACGUGGACAUCGACCUCUUUGAUUUUAAAGCAACCUCUCUUCAUUGCCUCCCUGUUGGAGAGAAGCAGACAUCAGCUGGACAGCAGGACAUUCCGGAAGAGACAUCACAAAUACUGGCUCUCCCUCCAAAGACAUCAGAAAGAGCUAGCUCCCCGCACAAAAGCCUGUGUGUGGAGCAGACGAAUUCUGAAAGCCAAAGGACUCCUGAACAUGCAACUUGGGCGCAUGAAGAUGACCCAUUGCACGAGGGAUUCGAAAAAGACAACAAACCCAAUCGGGAACAAGAGUUAGUAUCGGACGUAACUGCUGGAAAUGGCGCAAAAAAAGUGGCAAAUUCCAAAAAUAAAUCGAGAUAUUCCAAAGGCAACCGGAAAACGAGCCCUUACUUUAGCAGAAAACUUCUCGCAGAUGGUCCCAGUCCACCUCGAAGAAAGGCCUUCAAGAAGUGGACACCUCCUCGUUCUCCUUUCAACCUUGUUCAAGAAAUCCUGUUCCAUAAUGUCUGGAAACUACUGGUGGCUACCAUCUUUCUCAACAAAACAAGGGGUAAGAUGGCCAUUCCGCUCCUUUGGCAAUUCUUCGAGCUGUACCCAUCUGCAGAGGUGGCCCGCCGAGCUGACCGCAAGGUCAUGUCGGAACUCCUGAAGCCGCUCGGCCUCUUUGACCUUCGGGCCAAAAUCAUCAUCAGAUUCUCAGUGUUCAAUGUGGACCUUCUGUCGUGUUCAGACGAAUACCUGAGCAAAGCGUGGCGUUACCCCAUCGAGCUGCACGGCAUCGGGAAGUACGGCAACGAUUCCUACAGAAUCUUCUGUGUGGAGGAAUGGAGACAGGUGAGGCCUGAUGAUCACAUGUUGAACAAGUAUCAUACUUGGCUGUGUGAAAACCAAGAGACGCUGGGAAUCUGACAACAAUGCCAAGAGGUGUCAGUCAUCAGUGGACAUUUUUUUAUUAGGACUAUUUUAAUUUAAAGGGACGGUAUAAUGUUUUUUUUUAGGUUGUCUCUGACUGGUCAACAACUCUUUGUACAUUUUUUUUUUUUAAAUCAGAGAUGCAAAUAAAACUUUCUAGAUUCAGUUUUUCA